UGGUACCAAGCUCUGUGUAAAUGAGCAAAAGCAGCAACGACGACAGCAUUGCUGCCAGAACAAUGGAGCAGGUGCAGCAGGGAAUCCGCAAACAUGGCAUCAGGGCAAAGAAAAGGGUCGCGAGGAUCACCAGGAAAGAUGUUGCAAACUAUUUCAAGAGGAAUGCCUUUGUGAUCCUCACAAUGAUGGGGGUCAUUCUGGGUAAGUCAUAG